AUACAUAAUUUUGUGUCUUUUAGAAAAUAUAUAUUAAUAGAUUUUUAAUUGCAAACAAACAAACAAGAUGGAUAGUCAGAUGGCACAGAAAACAUUUGAACUUCAAAAUAAUAUUGAGGCAGUGAAUAGUAUUGAUGAAAUAUUCAAAUACAGUCGUCAACAGCAGCAAGAAAUAUUAGCAAGAAAGCCUUGGAUGAAGGAGCCUCAUUACUUCAAACACAUAAAGGUAUCUGCUCUUGCUCUUUUGAAAAUGGUAAUGCAUGCUCGUUCUGGUGGAACACUUGAAGUGAUGGGUUUGAUGCUUGGAAAAGUGGAUGGCAACACAAUGAUUGUAAUGGAUGCAUUUGCUCUUCCUGUUGAAGGAACAGAAACUCGUGUUAAUGCUCAAGCUGCUGCAUAUGAAUAUAUGACACAAUAUAUUGAAUCGUCAAAAUCAGUUGGUCGUCUUGAAAAUGCAAUUGGAUGGUAUCAUUCACAUCCUGGUUAUGGCUGCUGGUUGUCAGGGAUUGAUGUUUCAACUCAGAUGGUCAAUCAACAGUUUCAAGAGCCCUUUGUAGCAAUAGUUAUCGAUCCAACAAGGACUAUAUCAGCUGGAAAAGUGAAUCUUGGAGCUUUUCGAACUUAUCCAAAAGGUUACAAACCACCCGAUGAUGGACCUUCUGAAUAUCAAACUAUACCACUAAAUAAGAUCGAAGAUUUCGGCGUUCAUUGUAAACAAUAUUAUUCGUUAGAAGUAUCAUAUUUUAAGUCAGUGCUUGACCAGAGAUUACUGGACUCGUUAUGGAAUAAAUAUUGGAUAAAUACGCUAUCUUCUUCAACUCUUCUUACAAAUGCUGACUAUGUUACUAAUCAGAUAUUAGAUUUAUCCGAAAAAUUAGAGCAGUCAAUGGGGCAGAUUUCACGGUCCAGUGGUUUUUUAAUGUCGCUUGACUAUGAAAAGAAAGACGAAGUGACAAAAUUACAGAAAGCAAACAAAGACAGUUGCAAGUUGAAUAUCGAAGCAGUGCAUGGGCUAAUGUCUCAAGUGUUGAAAGAUACACUCUUCAAUAAAGUUGGUUGCAGAGAGUAACAUUUACGAUGUAAAAUUUGGAUAAAGAUGGAAAAAGCAGGAACGAAUGAUUAUUCCUGUUUUUUCUUUUGUACAUAAUACUUUAAAUAUAUCUUCAAUUUAUGUUA